UGCAGCUGCCAGGAGGCGGUGCCGUGCCCGGACGCCACGCCGUGCGUCUGCCCCAGGUGCCUGGAGGUGGCGCCGUGCCCAGAGUGCCCGGCCGUGGAGCUGGGCUGGGAGGAGGUCGCCGCCAUUGGGAUCGCCAGCUGGGUGGUCCAGACGGCACUCGCUGUGGCGAAGAGUGUGGCAGUCAAGGCGUGCUUGAGGCGCCUCCUUCCAGGUAAGCGGUUUCUGGCGUGGUACGACGCGGACGUCGUGUACCACGAGAGGAUCGCGGUGUGGCCACAGACGCGGGACAAGUGGUUCAUCCUGACCCCCGAUUUAGACAUGUACGCCGACGUGCUGGAUGGCAGCGAGGGCGCCGACGGGGUGACGCGGCUCCUCGACUUCCGCCCAGGUGGGCGGCUGCUUCCGCUCGACAAGGUCACAGACGCGGUGAUGCCAGAUCGAGAAGUGGUUCCCCUGGACUCCAUGUUCGGCGGCCGUUUCCUGCCCCGCCGCCUGGCGGCGGCCCCCGCGGCGGGCGACGGGCCCCCAGCCGAUGCAGCCGCCGGCCCGCAGGACAUCCCGAAGGGUUACGCCUGGCUGCUCAUGGAGGGCGGUCGGGCUGGCGGGCUCGGCGAUGAGGUGAAUCUCAGCUUCGAUGACUACGGGCUCUCAGACUACGACGCGAUGAUCCUCCGCCACGGCCAGGGCCGACGCGCUGGACUCGUGCCGCUGACGGAGUUAGACGAGACCAUGCGCGCCCGCCGGGAGGAGCUGGUCGCCCAGUUGCAACCAGCAG